AUGAAAAAAAGAGAUGAAGAGAAUUUUAUUCCAAAUUGUGGGCAUUGUGAAACGCAUGCUGUUUACAAACGAAUAAAUUCCAUUAUAGAGAGAGGUGAACAGAUCAAUUUGACAAACUUGUCUGAAUCCACAUCAUUUUCUUUAAAACCAAAUAAUUCCAGCUUUAGUAUAGUAGGGAGGCUUGUUUAUACCAAAAAUGGUAAUUUUCUCUUUCUCCAAGACAAUAUUUUGAAUCAAAGCUCUCUUCCAAGAUUUUUAUUAAUUCCAUGCGAAAUUUCUGGGAAAUUCAAAUCAAACAUAAUGCUUAAGUGUUGUGAAACAGAAUUUUCGUUUGUUUCCUGUUGGUUAAUCAUUAGAGAUUGGGCAAUUGUGAAGAUGAAGACCAAAGACCCUAAUGCUCCUUUAAGAAGCAUUUUGCUUAAUAGACAUUUAAACCCAUUUAAUUCACAAAAUGAAAUCACAAGUGUUGUUAAGAUUUUAAAAAAAAAACUUUUGUGUUUUAGUGCAUCAACAACUUUAUGGAUUUCAUCUUCAUAUCUUCCAGUAGAGCAGAUGAUAACUGGAUUGAGAAGUAUUAAUAUUACAGGACUUGUUAUUCAUAUUUCCACUGUUGUAAUGCACAGAGUGGAUAAUUAUACGACUUCAAGAGAUAGAGUAACUAAUGAUGAGAAAUCAAUGAUUAAUAGAGCUAAGAAAAAUGACUCGGAAGAGUUGGAUUCAAAUUCACAUAGUAUAUUUGGAAUAGAUAAAAUUCUGAGACCAUCAGAAAAUUCAACAUGCGAAUCAAGUUUCUCAGUUGUAAUAAGGUCAAUAUUAAAUAAUCGAGAAUUCAUUGUUUUCUUCCCUGGAGUAAAUCUCUUAAUCAAUAGAUUUAUUCUUGGAUGGAGAAAUAUUUACAGAUUUGAAAAUGUGGUAGCAGGGUCUGUAUUGAUUCACAAUUUUAGGCAAUUACCAAAGGAGAAGAGAUGCUUAAUAGCAAAUAAUUUUACAUCAAUAAUUUCAGAGUCAAUGGUCGAAAAUAUUUCAAGGCCAAUUUUAGAGAUUCCAACGCUAAUACAAAUCGAGAAAGUACUUGGGUUUGGUGUAUAUGAAAUAAAGACAAAGCUGGUACCAAUUAAACUUUUUCUACAUAAUUCGAAUUUUCAUGAGACAUCAUUAGGAUGCUCAAUUUCAAAAGGUUCAAUUCUCUGGGUUAGAAAUUUUCGUGUAAUUACCACAAAAUUAGGAAAUCGUUCAUUUCCUAUAGGGAUCGCAAUAGAGCCAGGAUCAGACUGGGGGCUUGAAAGACAUUCCAGAUUUACAAAAAAGAAGGAAACCACUCCCAGAGAAACAAUUUGGAAUAAUUUACCACUACAUAUUCAAACAAUUGGCCAUGAGUAUUUGGAAUUUAAUGAUUUCAAUUCGAAUACCCAUACCAAUAAAGAAAUAGCCUGGCAACAUCCUUGGGAUAUCAGAAACUUUUGUUAUUUGCAUUACAGCCUUUAUGUGGAUUUGUUUAAUAUAGUUGGAACUCAAACUAAUAAAUCUCAAGUUCUUCCAAUAUUACUGGUUCAAAUCAUUUCAAACUUAAAAAGUGGUUCCCCUAUUUCCGUUUCCAAAAACUAUGAAAUUAAAUAUUCAGAUGGGACAAAAACUAGUAAGGAAUCUUCCUCAAUUAUUUGUGGCAAUUUCUCACAUUUUCAGUUUAAAAUUACUCAUCCCAGCCAAACGAUUGAGUUAAAAUCAAGGAAUUUACAACAGUGUCCAGUAUCUUGUACAGAAGAAUGCUUUGGACUCUGGAAAAUUGCUCCAAUUGAAGAAUGGGCAGAUUUGAUUGGAAGCAUUGAAAGAUCACAGAAACUUAAUUUGGCUAAUUUAGUUUUUUUAAACCAUGUUUUAUCUAUAGAGUUUCUGUAUUAUAUUAGAGGUAAUAUAAAAAAAUUACCCAGACUACGAACAGUCGAAAAUAACUAUAAAAAUAGUAGCGUUUCGAGUAAUAUUAAUAGUCUCAAAUGUUUGUUUAUUGGUGAAGAAAGUUAUCCUCUGUACAUAGGUUUUUUUGGACAUUUCUUAGCUGAGAUUAUCAUGGAAAAAACCCUUGAGUCAAAUAUUUGGAUUUCAAAUGUGUGUUUCAUCAAGACACCAUCUUUAAGUGGUUCAGAAAGUAAUUUUUACCCAUUAUUCAUUUAUUGCAAUUCAAGAAUAAACCUUUUAUUCAAUUCUAGUUGCUCAAAAUAUAGCUUUGAAAAGAAGUUUGUCUUCAUCAAAAAAGCAAUGCUAAGACUAUAUAAUCAAAAGAUUUCAUUUUUUGUUCACAUUUCAGAUAUUGUAUGCAUUAAUUUUGAGGAUUGUUUUCUUAAACCUCCAAUUUCAAAAGGAUUGAUUUCAAUAAAUCAGCCAAAAGGAGUUCUUUUAUUUAUUUGUGACAAAGAAAUCGAAAAUUCGGUUGAUGGAUACAAACUAUACUUUCAUUGUCUACCAUUCUUUAAAACUUAUUCAAAGCUUUCAAAAUCGGAAGUUCAAUUAGAUAAAAAUAAGAUAAUUGAAUCUCAAAUAGAAAAAUUUCAAGUACCUUCUAACUGGUAUUCAUUCAACAACAUAUCAAGAUUUGUAUUGAUUAUUGACACGCCAAUAUUACCAAAUUCAGAAGUUUUGCUAUCUAUAAUACAAGAAAAAGAGUUUUUUGAGGCGAUGAAUACAUUUCAAAGUGAGAAGAUAGAACACUUAAUGAUUAAGGAACUUGUUUUUCCAUCUCAACUUUCUUCAGAUGCAAUAAAUUUUGACAAAACUGCAUCUUAUAUUGAAAUAAAGCUAUUUGGUGACGAUGAUGAAUCUAUAUUAUGGCCAGAGAGCUUGAAGACACCAUUCUCCUUCAAAUCUGGAAGUAAAAAGCAGGGAACACCUGGUUUAUAUACUGUUUUUGAUAUUAAAUACUGGACUGAAUAUAUAUAUGAAUGGCAGGUUUUUUCCAGAAAAAACCCUCUUAUUUAUAGAUCUACUAAAUUAGCUAGAAACGAUAUGGUGGAUUUAUUUAAUAAUAGUUACCCCAAACUUUCUUUCGGAGAUGAAAGUGAUUCAGAAAUACAUAUUUCUUUAGAACGUGUAAAAAUACUUGACAUCAUUUACUUUAUUGGGCUCAAUCCACAAAAUAUCUAUGGAAAUUGGUCAAUAAUUAGGGUAACUACUGAUCAAAGUACCAAAUUUAAACCGGAAAAAACCACCUUUCAAAGUAUUUAUUUGAUUUCUGAUCCUCCUUGGAACUCUGGGUGGAUUGAUAUUUGGUUUUCUGAGGAAGAAACUCUGAAACACAACAUUAAAUUACUUCUACCUGGGGAAACGGUAUCUUUUUCAAAUAUUAAGGUUGAAAAAUUUAUUAAUUCUUCGUUUCCUCUUUCUCCAGUUUCUAAUAUUAUGAGUACGAUUUUAAAUGAAUUUUGUGAAUUCCCCAAAAAAGACAAAUUGAUUUACUAUAGUAAACGAAACCGAUCGCAAACUACAUCCAAAAAGAAACCAACAUUUUCUGACUCUGAUCAGGCUCAAAAUGAGAAAAGCAAAACCAGUAAUACUUUGAGUAUUUUCAACAAUGGGGUAAUAAUCUUUAAAGUAUCCAUUCAAAAUUCGAUUAUUAAAAGUAGUCAAACUCAAAUAUAUUCAUUAAAUGAACAUCCUAAUAAUUCUCAAGAAAAUUUACUCUUUUCAUAUCUUUAUUUUUCUCCAACAUCAAUUUCAGAGGUUGUUUCAUAUUAUUACUUUGAUCCAGGGUACGAAGAAUAUCUACAGAAAAGCCAGAGAAAAACCUUUGAUUCAUACAAUGACCAUUACUUAAGUUUAUAUGAAACUUUAGAAGGCGAAAUCCAGUUUAAUCACCAAAAAGAAGAAAGCAGUAAAUUUUUUCAUUCUUUACCAUCAUUUCAAUACUCUACCAAUUCUCAUCAGACCUUUAAUCCUCACACUAUUCCAAAUCCAUAUGUUCUUGCUCCAGAUGGGGCUCCGAUAACCCACAGCUUCUUGUAUCUGAGCAGGAAUAAUCAUGCUUCUUUUAUUGCUUUUAAUAAAGCAUAUUGUAUUAAAACCGAGAUAUCUACAAAAAGCCCUCAAGAAGAUUCCACUUUAAGUUCUAAUCCGUUUUUAAUUCUUGAUCUAUUUAGAAACAUAGACCCAGAUUUAGUUUUUUCACUAAAAGGUUCUAUAUUACAUAUACAACAAAUAGAUUUGAGCUGGUUUUGUCUGAAUUGCCUUCAGAAUAUUAUGGGAAAGUUAGUUUGUGUAUGUGGAGUGGACCUUGGGAAAUCUUCUUUUUGGAAAUCACUUACAAUCUACCUGAUUGGUGCUUUGGAGUUGGAAACAACCGAUUCAAAGCCAAAGCUAUUUCCUUUUGUUAUGACAAAUUGGAACGUAAUCAAACUUCUUGCUUAUGUAAAUAAAAUUGAUAAUCAGGAACAAGAUUCAAAAAUUUUAUAUAAUCACAUAAUCGAACUCGCCAAGAUCAUUUGGAACCACAUGGAAAGCUUAAAUGACUCCUCAGGAAUUCAAACAUUGUACUCUUUUGGAGAAGUUCCAGCAGACUGCAACUUUCUGAAUUCUAUGGAAGAUAAUUCAAAAGAAUGUAGGCCUGUUGGAAUAAUUGGACAAGUAGAAUUGUUUGAUAAAGAAAAAGCUGUUAAUAUACCUACUGACCCUAUUUCUAAUUUGGAAAUGGAAGCAUGUUUAAGAUGUGCACAAUCUUCAGAUAGAAAUACACUCGCAUAUACAUAUUUACACGUAAUUAGAUGGAAAACCAGAAAUACCAAAUUAGAGCUAGAAGAAAAGCUUAAAAAUAUUAAUUCUGUAUGCUAG